GCGCGCGCCGAGCCUCCCUGGGUCUGGAUCUCCCAGUCGGAGCCAUGGCGCAGAACUCGGACAAAGUGCCCAUCGCCCUAGUGGGGCCUGACGACGUGGAGUUUUGCAGCCCCCCGGUGUACGCCCCGGCGACCGCGAAGCCCGCGGGCCCCGCGCGGCUGCUCCAGGCCGGCGCCGUGGUCCUCAUUUCCGGAGCCGUGCUGCUGCUCUGUGGGACCAUCGGCGCCUUCUACUUCUGGAAGGGGAGUGACAAUCACAUUUACAACGUCCAUUACAGCAUGAGUAUCAAUGGGAAAUUACAAGAUGGGUCAAUGGAAAUAGAUGCUGAGAACAACUUGGAGACCUUUAAAAUGGGAAGUGGAGCUGAAGAAGCAAUUGAAGUUAAUGACUUCCAGAACGGCAUCACAGGAAUCCGUUUUGCUGGCGGGGAGAAGUGCUACAUCAAAGCGCAAGUGAAGGCACGCAUUCCGGAGGUGGACACCAUGACCCAGCAGAGCAUCUCCUCCCAACUGGAAGGCAAGGUCAUGCCAGCUACAUUUGAAGGAAAGUCUCUGGUCUGGGUGGCUGUCGACCGGCCUGUGAAGGACAGCGGCUUUUUGAGUGCCAGCGUGCUCGAGCUCUGCGGUGAUCUUCCCAUCUUCUGGCUGAAGCCCACCUACCCCCAAGAAAUCCAGAGAGAAAGAAGAGAAGUGGCGAGAAAAGUUGUCCAGAAUACCACAAGACGACGAAGUGGACCACCACAGGGCAACCCCGGCCCCGGAGGGCUGAAUAAUGCCUCCAGACCCGAUGUUCAAGAGGACGCAGUGCCCUUUAACCCAGACAACCCGUACCACCAGCAGGAGGAGGGUGAGAGCAUGACGUUCGACCCUCGGCUGGAUCAUGAAGGAAUUUGCUGUAUCGAGUGCCGGAGGAGCUACACACACUGCCAGAGGAUCUGCGAGCCCCUGGGGGGCUUUCACCCAUGGCCCUAUAAUUACCAAGGGUGUCGGUCAGCCUGCAGGGUCGUCAUGCCCUGUAGCUGGUGGGUGGCCCGCAUCUUGGGCAUGGUGUGAAGUCACUUCAUACACCAACCUGCUGUGACAUGAGAAUUAGCAGAAAAGACAACCAGAGCCGCUCCAGGUGGCUUGUUGCCGCGGGGCCAGUGUUUUCCACGCAAUCUGGAGGACAGUACUCUGGGCCCCUUGAAAACAUACUGCUCAAUUGCUUUGAAUUGUAUUCAUCGGUGUGUGCAAAUGAACCGAAGGGGUAGUGCACGUCUAAUCCUUCCAUUAUUUUCUAGGUUUGUUCCCCUUCUUUGCUUUGCUGACAAAUGCCUGCUUAUAAACUUCCCCAAGCUGUUCUAAAAUAAACAUGAGAAAUUAUUGACAAUUA